GGGUCCCUGCCCGUGGCAGGGGUUGGAGCUGGAGGAGCUUUAAGGUCCCUCCCAACCCAAACCAUUCCAUGCUCCCAUGGGAGCGUACCUCAGUGCAUCAGGCUCCGCGCCUCCUCUUCCUCCCCUUGCCCAGCGAUGUCCCCGUGAGCCCGGAGCUCUGCUGCCAAGCAGAGGGAAGGGUCUGGCUGUGUGCCCGCCAUGAGUGACCUGGGGAGAGAUCAGAGCUGGGAAUAAGGCUGGAUCCACAGCCCCGGGGGCAGUGUGGCUGUGUGCCCACCAUGUGGUAGGAGAGGCGGGAGCAGAGGUGAGGGCCAGGAGCUUGCAGCGAGGGUGUUGGCUGUGGGGAGAACAUGAAUCCGAACGUCUGGAACAUCAAGGAAAUGCUGAGCACACCGACAGCCACCGGGUCAAAUAAGUUUUCCAUCCGGAGCAGCGCUCCCAGUGACUACUCGAGUUUGAGUGACUCUCAGCUGCUCUUUGGCUCCCAGUUCUGCCCAGAGAAUGUGCAGCCAGCAGCCGCUCUGCUGGAGCUGGGCACACAGCCGGGACAGCACAACUCCCAAGAUAGCGAGCCCAGUAUUUUCACCAAAUACCAGAUGAAACCACAGCUAUUUGAUGAAGAGAUAAAAGAAAAAGCUCCACUUCAUUUUGGUGCGGGAAGAGUGAAAAAUAUCUUGGAAAGUUUUGAAGUGAAUAAGAACAAAAUAAAGGACAAAUAUGAUCGUGAGGUUUUAAGCACCUUUAUUUCCAGUAUCAAAGACAAGCUUCAAGGGCUGCAAGGAUGCUUGGACCAGUUUGGAGAAACAUGUGAUUCAAGAAACAAAUCCAUUUUGGCUCACUUAGAAACCAUCUCCAAGACACUGCAAGAUGCUUUUCAGAGUCAGUGUGGUUUGGUGCUGAAAGCUCUGACAGACAAAAGCCAAACGGAGCAGGCGCUGCUGGAGAUGGAGAGGAGACUCGCAGCAAAAGAUGCAGAGCUUCUAGAUGUGAAAUCCAGUGUCCAGCUGCUGAAGGAGGGUCUGGAGUCGCUGCCAGCUCAGCUGAGAGAUCAGCACCUGAAGCUGUGUGAAGAACUUGGCUUCCUGAAGCUCCCUAACACUUUAGAUGAGCUGCACACGUUCAUUUCUAUUGCCAAAGCCCGCCCUGCCAUGGCUGAUAACUCCUCCCAGACCUCUCCUGGCCCAUGCCAGCUCUGUGCUCUGCAUGAGCAGAGCCCCUUGGGUCCCUUUCACUUCCCCAGCGUGAGACAGGGGGAGCAGCACAGAGACUCCCCCAAGAGGAACCAGGUCACUGGGGAUGGCACAUCUAUAGAUGACCUAAACACAGCCUCAGAAGGGAACGUCAGCCCCAGUGCUGCCGAGGUGCGUAGAGAACACUCCUCAUUGCAGGAGGUGAAAUACAGUUCAGAAUCACAGAGAUGUGUCAACCACCCUUGCAUGUGCUGCGCUCACAGUCACUUUUUGGGAGGGCAUCAGAAGAGGCACUGUCCUGCACCACAGGAUGUGCCUCUACCCACUCCACUGAGGAAGGCGAUCAGGAGAAGCACUCGAGGGUUCCAAUCCAUGAUGCCAUCGCGACAGAGGCAGCCCCAAGCUUCCCACCUUCAGAAAGAUGUGCCUGGGAGAAGAGACAGCAACUGGAACAUGGACCAUGAGGUGGAGAAUGCAGCUGUAAGGAACAAAGUGAAGCAGAAGCAAGGAAGGAUCCCCUGGAAUAAAGCAAUGGGAAGGAAGAAAACGUGCCCUGCUGUGAGAAAAGGUGAGCUCUCCCGAUGUGCUGAGGCUGGGCUCAAGCAAAGGAAGGCAAAUGGGACUAUUGAGUUGGAGAGCUCCAGAAAAAACAGCUUUCCCAGGUACAAGGUUGCUCUCAAUUUGGGAAGCUCCAGCUCAGCUCCCAACCAGCAGGUCCUCAGCACUCAGACAAGGCUUACAAAGCACUUCCCACCAGUGCCCUGCUCCGAUAAAAGCCUGCAGCAACUUGCAGACAAGAGAAAGAGAAGCUUGGAAAUGCAAAAGAGAGAAAACGUUUCCAUUGUGAAAAGGUACCUCCUGGAUUCCUCACCUCAGGAGAAUACCUUUUCCCUGUGUAGCACCACAGGUGACAAACAGAUGAGCUGCUUCAGCCUCCAAAGCCCUGGAAGCACCAAGAAGCCCUAUCCUGUUGCUGCGCUGCCUCAGCAGAACAUGGGCUGUUGCUCUCUAGUUUUUGACAGUGAUUAUUCUGAUUGAAGGGUUUUGUUGCCUGAUCAGGGUCCUCAGUGCCAUCAGUUUAUCCUUGCAGGAGCUACCUGCUUAAUCAGAAACAAGGUGCCUGGAUGCUUGGAAGUGUUAUUGCCCACUUUUGUUGUAAGGGACUGCGUGGGAUCAAGGGGAAACUCCCCCUUAGCAUGGAAAGCCAAUGGGAUCUGUAUUAGUUUGCUCCCUGCUCCCAGCAGAGGUGCCCUAGGCUCAAAAUACAGUCAUAUUUACAUGGUAUGACCCAGACACUCAGCAGGGAGAAGGCAGAGCACAGAUGAGCAGCUCAAGCAGUCUCAGCACUGAGGCCUGCCUGAAACUCUCCGGCUAGGUGUAAUAACCUCUCUGUGGCCAGAGGCUUUACUCUGCUGUUUCUCACUUAGUCUCUAUGCUGGUUUGUGUGUCUCAAGAGUUCAGGUUCUGAGCUCCCCGGGCAGCAACAGUGUUCAUUGUUCUUGUUAAUAUCAGUAAGGUUCAGAUUUGUUUGGACAGGAACAAGUUUCGCUGAGGAAACCCAAAUCCCACCACCUCGGGUUCACCAGUUAUUGCGUUUCUUCUCCUUUCAAGCAGAAAAUUCUUGGUUUCAGAAAACUCAGGAAAUGAUUUGCCUCUCACAUCUCUUGGCUAACCAAGGAAUUCUCCAGUGUGCACUUCUCAAGGGCAGUGGUCUCAAAUGGGAGCCAAAAAUGUGACAUUCACACUGAGCAGAUGAAGCCACUGAUGGACAGCCCUUGUUCUUUAGGAACCUCUCAGGUGAGGAGUUGCUCCAAAACACCCAGGUCAGACACAUCUGAUUUGCAAUCUGAGUAAUUAUCAGCAAAAGCAGCAUUUGGUGUUGACAAAAGAGCUCUAUUGCCACGAAUCUGCACAGUGCAGCUUCGCUGUCCUGAGGGGGAAGGCUGCGAUCCCUUUUUCCUGGCUGUAAUAAACUCAUUGUGUGCUUGCCAAAGUCCA